CGCCCUGCCUGCGCAGCCUGUACACUUUAUUCGGUUUAGAUUUUACAGAAAAGGAGCGAGCAAGCUAGAUUAUCGUUUUUAUUCUGUCCAUCUAGUCUCAUUAUUAUCUACCAUAUGCAGACAUUAAUACAUUUUAAGUAGUGGAAAACAACUUACGCUAGUGUGGUGUGAAAAUGCCUUUGUUUGGUAAAAAGGAUUUUGGUAGGAAAUCCAAAAAAGAUGGUCGGGAUUCCGAGAAGCAGCCAUCCAUUGAGGAUAAGUACAUCGUGAAAGAUUUAUUAGGAACGGGUGCUUUUUCAGAAGUACGUCUAAUAGAGAGUAAAGAUAAUGGUCAGAUGUACGCAUGCAAAAUUAUUGAUAAGAAGGCACUAAAAGGCAAGGAGGACUCUUUAGAAAAUGAAAUAAGAGUUCUGAAAAGAUUCAGCGAGCAAGCCAAAGGUGAAGGAACAGAAAAGAAGAUGUUUUCCCACCCAAACAUAGUUCAGCUGUUGGAGACUUAUGAGGACAAAAACAAGGUGUAUCUUGUGAUGGAACUAGUGACAGGUGGUGAAUUGUUCGACCGUAUAGUAGAGAAAGGAUCUUACACUGAAAAAGACGCAUCUAAUCUCAUAAGGCAAGUUUUGGAAGCAGUGGAUUACAUGCACUCACAGGGUGUGGUGCACAGAGAUCUGAAACCUGAGAACCUGUUAUAUUACAGUGCUGAUGAAGAUAGCAAGAUAAUGAUAAGUGAUUUUGGUCUGUCUAAGAUAGAGGACUCUGGAAUCAUGGCUACUGCUUGUGGUACUCCUGGAUAUGUGGCCCCUGAAGUGUUGGCCCAGAAACCAUAUGGUAAAGCAGUUGAUGUUUGGAGUAUAGGUGUUAUUUCAUACAUUUUACUUUGUGGAUAUCCACCAUUCUAUGAUGAAAAUGAUGCUAAUCUUUUUGCCCAAAUAUUGAAAGGUGAAUUUGAGUUUGACUCACCAUACUGGGAUGAUAUAAGUGAUUCUGCCAAGGAUUUCAUCAGACAUUUGAUGUGUGUGGAUGUGGACAAGAGGUAUACCUGCAAACAAGCUUUGGCACAUCCAUGGAUAUCAGGAAAUGCUGCCAGUAACAAGAACAUACACGGAACUGUUUCUGAACAGCUCAAGAAGAACUUUGCCAAAUCCCGCUGGAAACAGGCGUACCAUGCCACCACUGUUAUCAGGCAAAUGCAGAAAAUGGCUUUAAACAGUAGCAGCUCAAGUCGCCAAGUGCAGAAUAAGCAGUAAUUGCUAUCACCCCACCACUUUCCAAUGAAAUCCUACAUCAAAAAGGUACUUAAUUUAAUAAAUCAGUUUUUUUUUUAAUGUGGCAUCUACUGAUAUUUUGUAUGUCCAUCCAUCUGUGCAUUUUUAAUAUAUGUGUAUAUGCAUAUAUUUUAACACUUGAUUGAAUCAAGUCAACUCCGUUUAACAAAGUUGGCUUCUUAUUGACACAACAGCAUUUGAGGCACUUGUUAGAAUGGCGUACAUGUCAGACUAAUUUAAAAUCAUUGUCACAGCCGAGAUUUGAGUCAUUGCUAAACAUUGUAUAUGAAUUGUAUGUAUACAUCGGCGCUUUAAAAAAAUUAUCACAAUAUUGCUUAUUGAUAUAGAAUCUAUUUAGAUAAAUGUUUUAAAAUCAACGAAAUGUUAUGAAUAAGACAGCAUGUCUAGUCAUUAUAUCAUUUCUUAUUAAGUAUACAUACAAAUUUUCCUAAGAAAUUUAAAUGACAACUCCUGUUCUUUAGGAUUAUUCUUCUAUCUACCCUGAAUCUCAUCUUUCAUGAAUGACAUUAUGAAUUAAAAAUGAUAAAAAAAAAUGUUGCCAUUGAUUAUGUAUUAAGGUAUGAUCAAUACCUUGUUCAUCUUAAAUCCUAUAUUCCCUACUAUAUUAAAUUUUUGACUAAAAUUGAAUAGGUAGGUUAAACUCUUUUAUUAAAGAUACUGACUAAAUGCUAAGGCUAAUGGUGAUAAUCACUUCCUAUUGAUAAGAUCUGUUGAGAAAUUCAUAGCUAAUAAAAUUGACAUGUUGAUGAAUAUUUACAAUUUAUGGUUAAAUAUGCUACACUAAGUAAUUUUUAAGUCAUGCAUUAACCUUAAUACCACAGUAGAGUUGCUUAACAAUUCAAUUCCAUCUAGUUGCAAAAAGCAAAGAUAGUCAAAGUAAUAAUUUUAAUCCUUGAACAUAACUACAGACCUAGUAAUUCUUUGAAAAAUUAUUAAAAUAUCAUGUAUUAUGUACUAAUAUGAUAUCCCUAGUGUAGGCUAUAUACAAUAUAACCUUCCUGUCUGGUAAUCACAAGUUUUAGAGAAAUUAGUAGAAGUUAAAAUAGUGCACUGUUAAUUGUUUACAUAACAAAUACUCCUUACCUACUAUGACUGCAACUAAACCGUUUUUAGAUGGUGUAAGAGUAAUCGCAAAUAAUUUGCUAUUACUCAUUAUGCAGGCCUAAUGACUAUUGUUGUGUCCAAGUGCCGGAAAUAAUGCUUUUGUAGAUUUUGCAGGCAUCCUUAAAUCUGUAGAAAAGAUGACCUGCAAGACUGAUUUAGCGCAAUACUGUAAAUUAGUAUUUGUAACAUUUAUCCCUCCUUUCGUUCAGUCAUAGUUGAAUCUCAUUGUAUUUUCAUAUCUCUUUUUACCAGCUCUCUUCAAUUAUUUUGUUCCUUGCAAUCAUUUUCCUUUAAAAUGCAUAGUUGGUUCACAUAAAUGUUAAGCAAUAACAUGGAUACAAUUUUAUUGUAAAAUUACAGUCCAUACUUAUAAAUGAGUCCUAUCAAAUAUACUUAAACAUUCCCUUUCAAACAUACAUUAUUUAUUGGUGUAGAUAUAAAUUUUCAAGUUUUCAACAUUCCAAUUUCAUAGUGAUUCUAUUAUGAGAACAGAAAAAUUGUGUAAAAAAUAUUUUAUGAACAUUUUAAAUGGAUUUGAUCAGUAGCAAAGUUAGUAUUUAUAUAAGAUUUUAAAUACUUCUUUUUAAUUUCUGAUUCUUUUUUAUUUAUCAUUCUUGAUAGGUAUUAAUAAUUAAAAUUGGAAACAUUCCACUAUAAUUACUUGCCGCAAUUUUCAGAAGGAGGCUAGACAUUUUAUUUUUGGAAUGUAUUUGUACUGGUUUUUAUUCUGCCCUGGUAUAACUAAAAUGCCGUUAUCUACCAAAUCCUUGAUUUAAGUAAAACGUCAAAAAUGCGAUUAAAAAUAUGAACUGAUGCCAUUCAUCAAUGAGAACGCCUAUUUAUGACUUAAAGGUACCAAAAAGUCGUAUAUACAGAUCGAAAGGGAUUUUUUUUUCUUAUUCUACUGGUAAAAAGGUGAAAAUCCUGAUCUCAGAUAACGGCAUUUUAGUUAUACCACGGCAGUAUUAUGUAUAGGUAUUUACUUAUGAAUGUUUUAUUAUAUUACACACAAACAAACUAAAUUGGGACUAGAUUUGAAUUGGAAUAAUCACCGUCCGUAAUCAAUAUACAGUAAGGACUAAGUUGUUAAAAAAUUUAUAUUUAUUGUCUUACUUAGCAGGAAAAUAUUUAAAGGAAGUGUGAAAGAAUUCACUCAUCACACCAACUUUGUGCACAGACAACAUACCGAAAUAUGAUUUUUAUGUAUGUAGUGCUCCUUUUGGUAAUUUAAGUCAUGACAUGACAUGUUGAUGUUCCGCAAAUAUAAUAAAUUUUUAUUUUAAUCACAAAUUAAGUUUAUUGCAAUUUAUAUACUUAACUCUAAAUUACCAGAGGUCUUGUUUUCAAAUGAAUAUGAGAAACAUUAUUUUCAAAAUAACAUUGUAUACUUGUUUCAGCUAUUUUCCUUUUCCUUUGUUAAAAAAAAAAUUGAAUUAAUUUUGUCGGCAAUGAAGUUUCUUUGAAUUAUUAUAAUCCGUACUUAUAUAUUUUUAUAACAACAUAUGUGUUUAUAACUUAUUUAAAUGUUGUCGCAACUAAUUUAGCCAUGCCAAUUCUUCUGUUGAAUGUGAUAAGAUUGGCGGCCUCAGUGGCGCAGCGGUAGUGCGCUUGUCCGUGACACCGGAGGUCCCGGGUUCAAAUCCCGGACAGGGAAUUAUGGGAAACGAACUUUCUGUCAUUUUCCUGGGUCUUGGAUGUUUAUCUAUAUAAGUAUUUAUUAUUAUUAAAACAUAUAGUACCGUUGAGUUAGUAUCUCGUAAGACAAGUCUCGAACUUAUUUCGAGGUUAACUCUAUACGUGUAAUCUGUCCUGUAUAAAUUUAUUUAUAAAUUUUCAGAUAUUUGAUAUUUUCGUGCUUUGCUUUGCUGAACUUAUUUCAUGUGACUGUGUCAUAACUGUUUCAAUAUUAAGAUGAAGUAGGUAUAACUUUAGCGAAACCACAGUUCAGCUUGCCAUUUAUUUGUGGGGUUAAGAUGUAUUAGGUAUAUGCCCUUUGGGCUUUGACAUCGCUUACGGUAAACGACCUCGAAAAUAUAGGAAAAUACAAAUGUUAACAUGCCACACAUGAAAAUAUAUUGUUUAUGAAACAAGGUCGCUUUAAGUAUGGUAUGAGCCACGUUGAAGCAUAUAUGUAUGUGCGUUUAUUGAUUUAUUCUUAUUUAUUUUAUCAUAUUGCAAAGGAAGGCAGGUAUAACAAAGCUACGUCAAAACAAGUGUUAAAAUGUACCACGGGCGUAGUCAGGUUUUGGUAUCGGGGGGGGUUCAAGAAAAUAAAAAGACCAAAAGUACAUAAAAUAAUCCUUAUAUUCAUAAGAAAAUGGAGAAUUUGGGAAGUUCUUUUUUGAGCAGUGGUACAGUAUCGACUAUAUAAAAAAAUGCCUUUCUCUUAUAAACGCAUUACAGAAUUAAUCUUCUGUUUUUCUUUUUAAAUAUAUCCACUACUUCAUUCGCGUCAAUUUCUAUCAUAUAGUGAAUGUUCAUGAGAGCCAAGCCAUUCAAUCUGUUUUCACUUGUUGUGUUUCUCAAGUAGUUUUUAAGU